AUGUAUGGGAAGUUUGGAUUGAUGGCUGAAGCACAAAAAGUGUGCAAAGUUAUGCCGGAGAGAGAUGUGGUAACAUGGAAUGCACUGAUAGGUGGCCAUGCUGAUAACACAGAUCCAAAUGCGGCACUCGAAUCAUUCAACUUAUUGAGAAGAGAAGGUUUGCUUUCGAACUACAUUACUAUUGUCAAUCUUCUCGGCGCUUGUUUGUCUCCUGAUUAUCUUUUGAAACACGGAAUGCCAAUCCAUGCACAUAUAGUUGUGGCAGGAUUUGAAUUAAAUACGUACGUCCAAAGCUCCCUAAUUACAAUGUAUGCCCAGUGUGGUAAUCUUAAUGCAAGUAACUUUAUUUUUGAUGUAUUAGCUAAUAAAAAUUCUAGUACUUGGAAUGCCAUUCUUUCUGCAAAUGCUCAUUAUGGGCCUGGUGAGGAAGCUCUAAAAUUUAUUGCAAGGAUGAGAAAUGACGGAGUUGAUUUAGAUCAGUUUAGCUUCUCUGUAGCUCUUGCUACUAUUGGUAACUUGACAGUACUGGAUGAGGGUCAGCAGCUUCACAGCUGGAUUAUUAAACUUGGGUUCGAGUCAAAUGAAUAUGUUUUAAAUGCUACAAUGGAUAUGUAUGGAAAAUGUGGAGAAAUCGAUGAUGUAUUUAAAAUCCUUCCCCUACCAAAAAGUAGGUCACAGAGGUCUUGGAACAUUUUAAUAUCAGCAUUGGCCAGACAUGGUUUUUUCCGCCAGGCUACAAAGGCCUUUCAAGAGAUGCUUGAUAUCGGUCUGAGACCUGAUCACGUAACGUUUGUUUCACUUCUGUCUGCCUGCAGCCAUGGGGGUUUGGUGGAUGAGGGUCUUGCGUACUUCUCUUUAAUGACUACUGAAUUUGGUGUCCCUACUGGAAUAGAGCAUUGUGUAUGCAUAAUCGAUCUUCUUGGGAGAUCAGGAAGGCUUGCUGAGGCCGAAGCUUUCAUUGAUGAGAUGCCAGUCCCACCAAAUGACCUCGUUUGGCGUAGCUUGUUGGCUGCUUGCAAAAUACACGGAAAUUUGGAGCUGGGGAGGAAAGCUGCUGAUCAUCUUUUGGAGCUGGACUCAUCUGAUGAUUCGGCCUAUGUUCUAUAUUCAAAUGUCUGUGCAUCUACCCAAAGAUGGGGAGAUGUAGAGAUUGUGAGAAAGCAAAUGGAAUCACACAGCUUAAAGAAGAAGCCAGCCUGCAGUUGGAUCAAGUUGAAAAACAAGGUUACAACUUUUGGGAUGGGAGACCAGUUUCAUACACAAACUGCACAAAUCCAUGCAAAGUUGGAAGAGCUCAGAAAGAUGACCAGGGAGGAAGGCUAUGUGCCAGACACAAGCUAUGCAUUGCAAGAUACAGAUGAAGAACAAAAGGAGCAUAAUCUUUGGAACCAUAGUGAGAGAAUCGCCCUUGCAUUUGGGUUGAUCAAUUGUCCCGAAGGAUCGACUAUUAGAAUUUACAAGAACCUUCGUGUUUGUGGUGAUUGCCACUCUGUUUUCAAGCUAGUUAGUAAAAUUGUUGGUAGGAAAAUCACAGUAAGGGAUUCAUAUCGGUUUCAUCAUUUUAAUGGUGGCAAGUGUUCUUGUUCUGACUACUGGUAG